CGUGUACAAUCAACCCGCGGCAAUAAGCGCUGGCGUUCCCCAGGACAAUGUGUUACCCUCGGACCCGCAAGUCGACACGCACCAAUCAAAGCACACCGAGCCGCCUGGUGCGCCGUCCCGGUCACCGGACAGCCCUCUGACGCCGACCCGGCGCAACCAAGCUUUCAACUCGCCCCGCCAGGCCUCACGGCGCUUCUUCCACGGCAUGCUGGAUCACAGUCGCGUGAGCCCAGCGCGCCCCCGGCCGCCGCAGGAGCCGUCUGUCCGCGACGCCGGCCACCUGAAGGUAGUGCGCAACCGCCGGCUGAUGAAGGAGUACCGCGAAAUCACGCGCAGCGUGGCGCGGCAGGCCGAGCCACCCUUUACUGUGGAGCUGGUCAACGACUGCCUCUACGAGUGGAACAUCCACCUGUUUAACAUCGAUCGCACCAGUGACUUGUACCGCGACAUGAAAGACUUGCACAUCCGCUGCAUUCAGCUCAACAUGGCGUUUCCGGAGAACUUCCCGUUCUCGCCGCCGUUCCUGCGCGUGCUGGCGCCGCGAAUUGAGCGCGGCUUCGUGAUGGCCGGGGGCGCCAUCUGCAUGGAGUUGCUGACGCCACGGGGCUGGGCCAGCGCCUACACGGUCGAGGCUAUCAUCAUGCAGUUCGCCGCCAGCCUCGUCAAAGGACAGGCACGAGUGCCGGGGCCCGAGCAGGACGAUCGCAACCCGCUCAAUAACUGA